UAUUAUAGGAACCAUCUUUAGCCAUGUUGUUUUGAUUUUGGACCCGGCGUCGCAUAAAAAGGUGUCAACACAUUGUAAUCAACUUAUUUAUCUUUACCAGUUGUUGUGUUGACAAGACAUGGUAAUGACCCGAGGACGUGGCCGAGGAAUGAGAGGAGGCAUGAUGCGUCCCAUGGGACCUGGUCCACACUUUGGACCCAAAAUGAAGCAAUUUGUUCCACGACUUCCCUUCGACAUGGUUCUCUGUGAGUCUGCAUUCCCCAGAGUCAAGCCAGCUCCAGAUGAGUCAGCAUUUACACAGGCUCUUCUCAAGAGAAAUGCUGACCUAUCACCAACACCAGCUGAGCAGGCUGCUGUGCUAAACCUAGUCACAAAAAUCCAAGCUGUGAUGGACAAUCUAAUUGUUGAUCCGGGCAAUUUUGACGCAUGCGUAAGUUCCCAAAUUGAAGAGGUGCGCCAGGUGGGCUCGUAUAAGAAGGGCACAAUGAUGACGGGUCAUAACGUGGCGGAUAUUGUCGUUAUUCUCAAGACGCUGCCCACGAAAGAGGCGGUUGAAGCACUGGGUAAGAAGGUCUGCGAUGAUCUGCGUACUCAGGAGCCACAGGAAGUGCUGGUAUUAACAAUGCUUCCCAACGACCGAGGGUUUGAGAUCAGCAACAGUGAGGCCACCGUGCGUGUGUUAGUCACCACCAUCCACCAGAACCUGCGCAAGUUGGAUCCAGAGCUUCACCUUGACCAAAAAAUUCUUCAGUCACACCUAGCUGCUAUCAGACACAGCCGCUGGUUCGAAGAGAAUGCCCAUCACUCCACGAUUAAAGUUCUUAUCCGAUUACUACGAGAUCUCCGCGGGCGUUUUGACGGUUUUGAGCCUCUGUCGCCGUGGAUGUUGGAUCUGCUUGCACAUUACGCUAUUUUGAACAACCCCAGUAGACAAGCUCUCCCAAUCAACUCUGCAUUCCGACGGUGUUUACAGCUACUUGCCGCAGGUCUUUUCCUACCUGGAUCUGCAGGUGAGUACGUAGUUAAAGGCAUCAGUGAUCCGUGUGAGGGUGGUAACAUUCGUGUACACACAGCAAUGACCCUGGAACAACAGGACCUGGUAUGUUUAACAGCGCAGACACUAUUACGGGUACUCUCCCACGGUGGCUACAAGCAGAUCCUGGGGCUAGAGGGCAAUUCAAGUAUAGCAAGUGAAAUGUCAGUGUGGGACGGCGUUGUGGUGUCGGCACUAGAAAAAGCGUACGAGAAGCCUCCUGAGCGACCCCCCCAGGACGAUGACACAGAUAACAUGGACGCUGAUGAUGACCCAAUGGAGACAACAGAUAAUUAAGAAGACAAAAGAAGAAAAGAGUAAAGGGGAUUCUUCUUCAGUAAUUAGAACUGUGUUUUGGACUGAGAUUUCAACAUGUUUAAACAGGUAUCUCAUUUUUUUUGUAGAAGUAAAAAUUUGUUACUGAGAAUAAUAAUGUACAAGUGAAGGGAAUUAUUUAUAUUUUUGUGUUUUUAUUCUUGAUGUACGUCAAUACUGUAUUAGAUUUUAAAACUGUUAGGUUAGAAAACCUAGUGAUAAGAUCCCUCCUAAAGCAAGAUGUAUGUUGAACAAUGCUAAUUCCUGCCAUCUGUAAUACUACUAUAGGUCAGAUUCCAUGGGGAUUUUUGUUUUAGUUUAGUUAAGGACAUCUGUGUGAAUCUUUGAGUUUUCAUAAAUCUUAAAUGGAAAUCAAGUAAAAUAUUCCAGAUUAUCAAAUUUAAUGGUGUCAUGAUAAUUAACCUUUUAUUUACUGAAUAUUUUUUUAUUAUAACUUUGUAUUGUAAUGAAAAUUGUUUUUAAAAUAAAAAAGAUACAGUAUAAACAUGUUGCAGUUCUAAGUCCUAUGUAUUAUAUUGUUAACCCUUAGGCCCCGGGUGACGUUCCAAAACGUCCGACUAUUCCCCCCCCCCCCCUUUUUUUAUUUUGGAAAUAUUGAUUUUUUCUCGAUUUAACCCUGUGUGGGGGGUACUGCCAGCAGCACCCUAACCCGGGGCUUAGGGUUGAUACCAAUUCAGAUUCCAGCCCUUUGAUGAAAGACGGAGACUUGGUGUCAAGGUUUCUUAUACAAGCCUGAGGAGAGGUCAGAGUGCAGUGCUCUCUAGUUGUUAACAGUCCAGUCAACAAGGAAACUGUCUUAUGUGAGCACCAUGUUUUGUCGAGUCAAGGAGUAGGAGAAACAUUUACACUUACUCUGUGUAACUUCUUUUCUCCUGUAAACUUAAAAACUUUGAAAAACUGCUCUUAAGUUAAUUUGAAAAUUGGUUUGUCCAGAAACUCGGUUUUCAGAUCGUGGUCUGAUCUUGAUUUGUAGUAACCUGUUGAGGGCAUUUCUGAUUAGAUGUGAUUAAAGUUGAUAUAUGAAAUUACAAACAAACUAAAGUAUGUCUCAAAUAUUUUACCAGAAUGAUUUUUAUAAAGUAUAUGGUGUGAAGUAACAUUAUGAAACUUUACUUUUAUUUGCUUAUCAGCAUUAUUUUGUUGGCAGCUCAACAAAGUCGGGCAUGAAUGAAAUCUCAUAGGAAAUAUGAUAUAUAAAUUUCAUCCUCAAGUGACUUCUGUUAAGUUUUGCAUCAUUUAAAUGUUUAGAAACUUCACUUUGCUUAUUGUAACACUAGUAGACAGUUUGUCCCCACUGCUUUGGUCUCUGGUCCUUUCUUUAUUUGUGGUUUGUCACUCCUGGAAGUCAUAUGUUAUUGUGGUGGUACAGUGUGUGGCAUCACACACACUGUCUCUCCAACAACUGUCACACGUCUGUUCUGCUGUAGUUUUCCCCUUCCAAAACACCAACUCCAAAAUAUUCAACUGGUUACUGUAUUUCCUGUCACUUCACACAACUUAAUACCACACAGUAGCAGCACCUCCAUCCACAAGAAUAGGUCACUGAUAUUGUGCUGGGUUCUUAUAAAUUAACGAGCUGACUCGGUCAAAUGUGUUGUUUUGUCUCCCUCAUACCUUCACACUGCACUAGAGUACAAUAAUCUUCAAUGUUUUAUUGUAAAUCAUACAAUAUGCGGUAGAAUGCACAACAUGUCUGCAUAUCUAGCUCACAGUUUAUUCAUUACUAGUGUGAUCUGGAAUUUCCAGAGGAAUAGCCAGUGACCAUGCAAUGGUAGUAAGAAAUUGACACUGGAGGUACAUAGAGACAGGAAUUUCACAGACCAAUGAAAAUCGGCAGUAAGGAAAUAUUCAAGGUGCUGAGCUUAGAUUUACUUUGUUUCACACAACAUGAGUUGAAGAUUAGUGGAUUAUAGGUUCAAGUGGGUCUGGUUGCCUGUUUAUUCCCAUUAGUUGACAGCUCUCAUGAAGAUUGUUAUAACUGAGUUUCAUCAGUUAUUGUGAUUUCAUACAGAAUGUUUCAAAGUGAGGGUGACAGACCUUAAACAGAGAACUGAUCUGCUGGGCUGAGAUUCAUGUGGUUGCAGAGGUAGUGAUAACAGUAGUACUACCUUUACAUGUAAGUAGUUAAGGCAAAGCCAAAGGGAUGAUGUUGCCAAAUAUAGUUGCAAAGAUCAACUAAUCUGUACUUAUAUGAAGUUAAUUGUUGGCUGCUCAGGUGCAGGUGCAACAUUUGAUGCUCCAGCCAUAGAUGGUACUGUUAUAUCUUCAGACCCACGUUACUGCAUUUUCAUCCUUGUUCUUAUCUUGGUUGUGGGGACUGUUAAAAUUGAAAGUAUAACUUCAAAAUAUUAUUUUAUAAUUGGAAGAAUGUGAUCUGUUGAGCAGUUAAUAGAAACAAGAAAAACUGAUUGUGAGUUACUGUACAAUAUUUGUUUGUGACAAAACCAGCUUUUUGUGGUUGCAACUAAACUUUUCAUUAUGAUUCUCAUAGUUGUAGUUGGUUGGCUGUACCCUAUUUAUGAGUGCUUUCUUUCACAAAAAGUUCUUACCUCAGCACUUUUCUUUCAAAUUAUAUAGAAUAUCCUGGUUUGAGUAGUGUUACAAUGCUCCUAUUGCCUGACUGGAUUUUCAGAUCAAAUAGUGUGUUGCUGAAUGGAGGCACAAAUCUAGUAAUUUAAGGUGAUGUCCAACUUUUCAUUACUGACAGUCCUUAAAAGUAUUUGCAUUUAAUUUUGAAGUACUUUAUAUGCAUUGGGUCACAUUAGCUGUCCACCCUAAACUUCCUUUUAUUUGUCAGGUUUAGUUCUUUGUCUAGCCAGAGAGAUGUGGAGGGCAAGUUUUCCAAGAAGACUAUGUUAAUAUUUCUCCCUAUUAUAUAUUUAUGGAAUGGGCCAGGAUCCCAGUUGAGACUGAAGUAUAGAACACAGGGCUUGAUUAGCAGCGGAGUGUUUUAGGAGGAAGUAAGACAGAAGUGGCUUAAGCACGCUGAUUGGUCAGCUUGGAAUAAUAAGGUAAGAGGAGCAUAUCUUCUCAGAAAAUCAAGUUGAAUCUUAGUUUGUUAUUUACAUUGGAUUGUGUUGGCUUUAGGAAAUUGGUGUUGAAUAUUGUUGUCUGAUAACUGUAUUCAUACUUUAUCUUUUUAUUUACUAAAAUAUUUUCUUACAAGUAUUUCGUGCAUGGUAUAGGUUGGCCGGCAUGAAAGUAAUAAUGCAAUUGGUUCCUUGUACUGUUCACUCAUACCUCACUUAGUGUUCUAGGUAUGUUCCUAGGGAAGUGAGCACUAAUUAAAUCUGCUAAAAGGGGUCGUUAUACCACUGUAUGUAUGGAAAUGUAUUCCUGGCAGUGUUAAUUCUUAUGUAUAAAUGAUAAAUGAGGGCUACUUUGUGAGUAUUAGUAAUGCGUUAAUAAUCGAGAUAGUAAACAUAAUUUUGGAAGCAUGGAAAAUUGAUGGUUGAUAUAGCCAAGUGUAAUGUGUGACUCGCAUCCACCGUAUGUUUAUCUGCCUUGACACUUGCAUUUAACAUUUAAAGUGAUGCUUUUUGUCACAUUUCCAGCCUAAACACUUGAAGGCAUUUUUCUACAGAUUAUGGUAUGAAAUGCUGACAAAUAUACAUUAAAAAAUUAGGUAGAGAGAGAACAAGGCAGAGUAAACAAUGGUCAGGGGGCUGCUUUCAAAACUGAGAUGAGCACUGGUUGGCUCAGUGUACGAGGCUGUCAUUAGUGGUGGUGUGCUCCCUCAGCGAGCACUGUGUCCUCUUGUGUAUUGUGUAACUGUAGAAGUGCUGUGUGGAUUGUUUUUUUAUCCAGGAUAAUGAGCUCUAUAAUGUAUCAGUAUUUUAAGGGGUAGAGCUAAGUGAGGUUUGAGUAAAUUUAUUAUGGCAAUUUAGUUUUCACCUCUUUAAAAAAAAAUUGUGAUUUGAGAGAAAACUUAUAUGAUUUGACUUUAUUAUUGGCAACUGAUAAAUCAUUUACAAUAUACACCUACUGUAUUGGAAAUAAUCUUGGUUAUAUCAACAUAAUUAUUCAACCAGUAGUGUUUUAGAACAAGGCAAAUGAUUUAAGAGAACCAAAUCAAUUGGUUGUCAUUCAAGUUUCCUUUUAGUGUACCAAAGUGCUUUGAAAAGGAUUCUACAUGUGCCAGCCAAGUGAAGAGAAAUGAUUAUUGGAUGAUAGGUCCAUAUAUAAGAAUUUUCUUUGCUUGUAGUUGUAGAUAUUCAGUAUAUAGAUGUGAGCAGAAAAGCUAAAUGAUGUGAUGAAGUAAUUUUGUGCCCUGAGGGAAAUAGUAUGACGAUUGGAUAAUGAGAAAUGCCCUUGAAAAUUUGGCACGUGUCAUUGCAUUUUCCGAUUAGACUGUAACUUCUAUGGGGAGUAAUUACUGCUUGGUUUUGGGUUUUGAUGACAACCAAGCACUGUCACAUUGUUGCAAGUAGUACUCUCUCAACUAAGUUUUAAAGUAGCAUGUGUACCAUUUCAAUUUUGACCUACUUGUUGUGUGUGUCUUGUUGAUUUUGGUAGAAAGCAAUGGAGACUGAUCUUUUGAAAAGAACAAAUUUGAGUACCAGUUCUCUUACGGCUGUAACACUUUGAAUGUGAGCAGCAAGCAAGUUGGAAAUGCUCUAACACUGCCAGGAUGAAUUGUGGUUGUUGAUUUAUAAGCCUGACUUUAGGAAUAUUUGAGAGUAUCACUGUACUGCAUGGACUUUAUAAAGAUUGUCUUGUAUGGGGAAAAAGUGAUGUCUUGAGUCUCUGAAUAAUGAAUGUAUUUUAAAAUGA